ACAUAUUCUAGCCAUUGUGUUGACAGUGCCGGCAUUGCGCGACCAGCGGCUGAUAAGGUGACAACUGUUUCUCUAUGAACGAGUUUUGUGGCAGUGAAUUUUGGGAUUACAACCUAACAUGGAACACCACCGACCCGGAGCUGACACCGUGCUUCGAGCAGACGGUCCUAGUCUGGGUCCCGUGUGGCUUCCUGUGGGCGUUCUCCAUAAUCGAGCUGAGUUACCUCCGGGCAAGCGGAAACCGUAACGUGCCCUGGAACGUGCUGAAUGUGCUCAAAAUGGUCCUUCUCGCGAUCCUGGUGGCUGUGACCGUUAGUGACCUGGCAAAGGCAAUCUCAACUGGGGGUCCUGAUGCUCCCGUUUAUAUUUACAUCCCUAUCAUUAAAUUAGCUACAUUUAUCUACGUUGCUGCCCUAGUGUAUCUCAACAAAUUCUACGGGAUGCGAACAUCUGGAGUGCUGUUCCUGUUCUGGUCCCUGCUAGUUAUCUGCAGUAUUCCUCGCUGUCGAACGGAAAUCCGAGCCCACUUGAAUCGCUCCGAGUCGGAUCCGUGGGCUGAGUACCAGUUUGUCAGUUUCAUGAUCUCCUUCUGUUGUUACUGCGUCUUGUUCGUGUUGAACUUCUUUGUCGACGAACGAGCCAGGGUGAUGGAGUAUGAAGUCACGGACAAGGAGUGUCCCGAGCUGUCGGCUUCAUUUCCCUCGCGACUGCUGUUCAGCUGGUUUGAUCGAUUUCUUUGGAAGGGGUACAAGAAGCCCCUGGAGAAUGAAGAUCUUUGGGACAUCAAGUGGGAGAAUUCUUCAAGAGUGAACUUUCCAUUGUUUGAUGGAUAUUGGAAGCAAACGGUGGAGAAAACUUUGAAAAGUAGAGGACUGAGCAAGUCUUCGAAAACGAAGAAGGUUGCAUCGAUUGUAACACCUUUGAUUCGAGCGUACGGUGUUCCGUUUGCGUUUGGCAGCUUCCUUCACCUCGUGCAGGAUGUUCUGACCUUCAUGUCACCGCAGAUCUUACGAUUGAUAAUCGAUUUUGUCGACAGCAGUGAACCACUUUGGAAAGGAAUUUUAUACGCCGUUUUACUCUUCCUGGUAGCCAUUACCCAGACUGUUCUAUCCCAUCAAUGUAUGGUUUACAUGUUUGGCAUUGGGUUACGAAUUCGAACGGCCCUGGUUAGUGCCAUCUACCGCAAGGCUUUGGUUGUAUCGAGCAGUGCCAAGAAGGAAUCAACGGUCGGAGAGGUCGUUAAUUUGAUGGCUGUAGAUGCACAGCGGUUCACGGACUUGAUGCAGUACCUGUGUGCAGCAUGGAGUGUACCGUUGCAGAUCGGACUAUCGUUGUUCUUUCUCUGGGAGCUACUAGGGCCGGCCGUCUUUGCUGGACUGGCUGUAAUGGUUGUGGUGAUGCCACUAAACGCGUAUCUGGCGAAUCGUUUGAAAAACUUGGACCUCAAAGAGAUGAAAUAUAAGGAUGACCGAGUUCGUGAUAUGAACGAAAUUCUAUGCGGGAUCAAGGUUCUUAAGCUGUACGCCUGGGAACCAAGCUUUGAGAAGAAGAUACGGCAGAUCCGGGACAAAGAGGCAAAGGUGCUCAAAUCGGCAAUGUACCUCAACUCGUGGACAUCGUUCAUGUGGACGACAACACCAUUUUUGGUUACACUGGUUACAUUUGCGACUUACGUAUUGAUGGAUGAGAACAAUGUUCUGGAUGCUACAACUGCGUUCGUUUCGUUGGCUUUGUUUGCGAUUUUGCGGAAUCCACUAUCGUGGUUACCAUUCUUGGUAACUCAUCUUGUGCAAACUUAUGUAUCAAUCAAUCGCAUUAACAAAUACUUGAACCACGACGAGCUGAACCCGGACAACGUGCAGCACGAUCGGAAAGAGUCGAGCCCGCUGCUUAUCGAGAAUGGCAACUUUUCAUGGGGAGACGAUGAGACUACACUGCAGGACAUCAACAUCCAGGUGGGAAAGAACGAGCUCGCUGCGAUUGUGGGAACCGUUGGUUCCGGUAAGAGCUCCAUACUGUCCGCGUUUCUCGGAGAAAUGGACAAGCUCUCCGGGCGGGUUAACACCGUUGGAACGAUCGCUUACGUUAGCCAGCAAGCGUGGAUUCAGAACGCCACUCUGCGGGAUAAUAUCCUGUUCGGGAAGCCGAUGGACAACAAACGAUACCAGAAGAUAAUUGCGGCUUGUGCGCUGAAGCCAGACCUGGAGAUGCUUCCCGGCGGUGACCAGACUGAAAUUGGGGAGAAGGGUAUCAAUCUGUCUGGUGGACAAAAGCAACGAGUUUCGCUGGCUCGAGCGGUUUAUAACGAUGCGGAUAUCUACUUCUUGGACGACCCGCUGAGCGCGGUUGAUUCGCACGUUGGAAAGCACAUCUUUGAGCAGGUUAUUGGAGAGAAUGGUUUGCUGGCGAAGAAGACCCGACUGUUGGUUACUCAUGGUAUUACGUACUUGCCGUUCACGGAUAACAUUUAUGUGGUCAAGGAUGGAAAAAUUGACGAAUCCGGCUCGUAUCAGGAACUUCUGGAUAAGAAGGGUGCCUUUGCGGAGUUCUUGCUACAGCACUUACAGAACGUAAACCAAGAGUCCGAGAAUAUCGAUGAUAUCAAAGCACAGUUGGAGACCAGCGUGGGUAAUGAAGAAUUGAGAGCUAAACUAGUAAGAGCGAUUAGCCGACAGUCGAGAACUGAAAGCACGUCCGAUGCAGGAUCAACGCACAAAUCAUUCUCCAGACAGAUCUCGGAAACCGAGAGUAUUACCAGUACUAGAAAAUCCAAGUUGGACUUGGAUAAUGUACCGAAUGAAAGAUUGAUUGAGGAAGAAAAAGCCGAGAUAGGCAAUGUUAAAUGGAGUGUCUACAAUCACUACAUGAAGAGUAUUGGGAUAAGCUUUUCCGUAACUACAGUGAUUUUUAGUCUUCUCUACCAAUCGUUCUCCGUGGGUUCCAACUUGUGGCUCUCAGAGUGGUCAAUGGAUCAGAACAAUGACACAAGUGUUCGGGAUAAGUAUCUCUCGGUUUACGGCACGCUUGGAAUUGGUCAUGCAAUCUCAUCAUUUCUUUGCGAUUUGAUCCCACUUUUGGGAGCUUGGAAAGCCGCCGUAUAUCUUCACAACCAUCUGCUGUCCUCGAUACUACGUCUUCCGCUGUCCUUCUUCGAUACAACUCCUACCGGACGGAUACUGUCCCGUUUCUCAAAGGACAUCGAUGUACUCGAUAACACGCUGCCUCAGAGCGUUAGCGCUUUGUUCUACUACGUAUUUGAGUUGAUAGCAACCCUAGCAGUGAUCAUCUUCACAAUACCGAUCUUCACCGCGGCGAUCAUCCCCAUCGGCAUCCUGUACUACCUGGUGCAGCGAGUGUUUGUGGCUACGUCGCGGCAACUGAGGCGGCUGGAGUCCGUGUCACGAUCGCCGAUUUACUCACACUUUGGUGAAACUAUUCAGGGAACGCAGACGAUCCGUGCGUACGGAGUUCAGGACAGAUUCAUUGGCCUAUCGGAGGCUCGUGUAGACUUCAACCAGGUUUGUAAGUUCCCGAGCAUGAUCGCGAAUCGCUGGUUGGCCAUCCGCAUGGAGGGAUUGGGUAAUUUCAUAGUGCUGUUCGUAGCGCUGUUUGCCGUUUGGGGUAGGGAAACGAUGAAUCCGGGCAUGGUUGGAUUGUCGAUUUUGUACGCAUUGCAAAUUACCCAAACGUUGAACUGGUUGGUGCGUGUGACUUCGGAGCUGGAGACGAACAUUGUAGCUGUGGAACGGAUCAAGGAGUAUGGAGAGACCAAGCCGGAAGCCGCGUGGGAGUUGCAGAAUAGUACUCUGUCUCGGGAUUGGCCGGAACAGGGACGGGUAGAAUUCCAGGACUUCCAGGUGCGGUACCGCGAGGGGUUGGACCUGGUGCUGAAGGGAAUCUCGUUCACGGUUGAAGGCGGCGAGAAGGUUGGAAUUGUUGGUCGGACUGGAGCGGGCAAGUCCAGCUUGACACUGGCGCUGUUCCGGAUCAUCGAGUCCGCCGGGGGAAAGAUCAUCAUCGACGGGCAGGACAUUUCCCAGCUGGGACUGCACGAGCUGCGAUCGCGUCUAACUAUCAUCCCGCAGGACCCGGUGCUGUUCUCCGGCACGAUGCGUCUUAAUUUAGAUCCUCUGAAUGCGCACUCGGACGAGGACAUUUGGAAGACGCUGGAGCAUGCCCAUUUGAAGGCGUUUGUAAAAGGGUUACCAGCUGGUAUCAACCACGAGGUCAGUGAAGGUGGUGAAAACUUGUCCGUUGGCCAACGGCAGUUGAUAUGUUUGGCCAGAGCGUUGUUGGGCAAGACUCAGAUUCUCAUUCUGGAUGAGGCUACUGCUGCCGUGGAUUUGGAGACGGACGAUCUCAUCCAGAGAACAAUUCGUACCGAGUUUAGUCAUUGUACCGUAUUAACGAUAGCUCAUCGUCUCAAUACCAUCAUGGAUUCGGACAAAGUGAUAGUUUUGAACAAAGGUCGAAUCGAGGAGUUUGCAGCGCCAAGUGAGCUACUGCUGAACAAAUCUUCCGCUUUCUAUAGCAUGGCAAAAGAUGCCGGGUUGAUAUAGAAUCAUAUAUUUUUUAAUGAAUUAUAAGAAUAAAUCUUUUUUACCAUGUU